AUGGGCACCGCAGGCGCGAUGCAGCGUUCGAGCAGCACAUCCACCCCGUCCUCGGUAUCGUCCUGGACGGCUGCCUCCUCCGCUUGCUCGCAGAAUUCCGAGGAUGGAGAGUGGCUUUACGAGCUCGCCUGCGUCGAGACCUUCAUGCCGCUUGCUGCGGACGUGACACCAGCAGACGAGAGUCCCGGUGCAUCUCCAGAGCACCCCGUCGCGAAAAUUAACUACCCGCCGAACUUCAGCUGCAUCUACGGCGUAUACCGCUCACUUCGCGGUCAACUGGAGUACACCCCGGCGCUCCCGGCCCGCGGCGAGCGAUGUGGGGGUGGUGAGUUGCCGCCUGUGAUUCAUGCCAUCCGCACCUCAGCGGCACGCUGGUUUCUUCUGCUGGCGUUUGCACUUCGUCAGUGCACCUCCAACUACACCGUCUGGAAAGACCGACGCGAUGUACUCAUGUCCCCUGCGGUGUUGGAGCAAGCGACCCGUGACGCGCUGCCGGAACUUCCGGUACCGGCGGCCAUCCUUUCCUGCACCGCCUCGGAGGCAGACAAGCAAGAGGCGCUGCGGGAGCUGGACGAAAAGCAGACGAAGCUGAGGCUGACGUCACAGCACUGGCUCCCUGCGCGCGCCGACAUUGCAUGGGAAGGUCGACUGAGCCCGUGGCGUGCGGUUCGCUGGGAGCUGACGGCGGUCGGUUGCUUCACACGGCUGUAUCAUAAGAACUUUCAGGUGUGGCAUCACCGAAAGGAGCUGCUGACGUACGCUCUCCAGCAGAGCCCCUCUCACGUCCGAUGCGGUGUGGACGCCGCGGCCACGGAUGAAAAGCUGGAGCAGCAGGUGGAGGACAGCAGUCCGUUUGUGCCCCUCUUGGCGAGUGAGGCAACAUUUAGCGAUUACCUGCGCCGCCAUGACGGCCUCGACUUUGCCGCGGUCGACGAACGGCCGACGUUGCGCGCGGUGCUGUGCAACGAGGAUGGAAAAAACUAUCAUGCCUGGCUGCACCUGUCUUGGUACUUGCAUGUUUUCUCCUUUCUGCUGACGCCGCCGUCGCGGAAGGCCCUGGAUGAGCACGCGACGGUGGCUACAGCUGCCGCAGCUGAUCAAGGUCUGCGCUUUACGCCGCAACCCGACUGGAUCACUACCCGGGAGAACGCAGCGGUGGCGGCGCUGCGCCCCACCCUACCACCAAGUCCACUCACCGAGGAGAUGCAGUUCACGGCGCAGCUUAUCUAUCAAGACUGCCGCAACAACUCUGCGUGGUGCCACCGCUUCGCCCUCUUUAGGGAAGCCCUGCUUCGUCCUCUCUGGCAGCAGCUCUGCUCCGAGGCUUGCACCAGUUCGGUCGGCGCACCCACAAACAGCGAGAACUGGCCGGGUACCCUGCGAGGCAUUUGUGCAGUGGAGCUGAAUUACUCGCUGCAGUGGUUGUAUGUGGACCCAACGAACGAGGCCGCCUACACCCACGCCCGCUCCGUUGCCCUCCUCUUCCACACACUCAUCACGCGACGGCACGUGUGGGCGGCAGAGCACGCCAGCACGGACGGUAGUGAGGAGCUUCAGCGAUACCUCACCAACGCCCCAUUGCUCCCCCCGGUCGCACUGGCGAACUCUGAAAUGUGCGCCGACGCCGACGCCGGCACCGUCAGCCCCUCCACGCCACUUGCGCGUCUCCUCCGUGGCCGCCACCGCUGUGUCCCGUGGGUCACCUACGUGGAGAGCUUCGCACUGCUGCGGCACAUGCAGCGGGUGCUGCACACUGUCAUCCGGCUCCGGGUUACCGAGCUGGAGGCGCAGGCGGCGCGCGUCUUGCGCUUGGCGGCGGCGAGCAACACGAGAAGCACAUCGGGGCAAGCACCCAAGUCGGAGGCGAUUGCCGAGCUAAAGACUCUCUACGAGCGCAGCUCUCAGUACAUGCUGGAUAGCUUCCACCAGGUCGACACAGCGCAGUACUUGGCCUGUCACGCAAUCCUGGAGGAGAUGUGGCUGUCGUACAUGGACGCGGCACAGCGACGCAGGGUGCAGCAGCUUCGCCCGUCGGAGGCGUACCGCGAGGGUCUCCAGCCGGAGUGGCUGAAACCCUGUCCGUGGGAUGAGCCGAAGACGAGCACAAUGGACGCCGGCAAGCAGGAAGACGGUCAGGAUGCUGUCGUCCUCGACUUCCUGGCCUACGAGGCCGCUGCGUUGAGCAAGGCAAAACAGCUGACGGUGGCGGACCCGAUCCGUCUUAAGUAUUGGAAGAACGAGGUUCUUAACGUUAUCUACCGCGGCUAUGGCAUGUCUGUCUGA